CAUUGCCUCUUGGGGGUAGGUGAAGCCGAGCUCUAAUAUUAAAAAAUCAUCAGUGGCAUCAUUUGUCAAACAAGUACCUGCCCAAAGCUACAUCCAUAUUUCCAUACUCCUUUUUGAGAAUAACCUAGUUUACUGCAAAAUACUUCCUUUUCCCUUUCUUAGUUUCCUCUUAUCUUAUCACUUGAUCUUGAGAAACAUGGCUGCUGCACUUUUGGGUGGAGCAGUUCUGUCUUCCAUUCUGAAUGUUGUUUUUGAUGCUGAGCAGAAGCAGAUCAAGGAGAGAGCUGUCAAGGACUGGCUCCAUAGUCUCAAAGAUGCUAUGUAUCUUGCUGAUGACUUGUUGGAUGAAGUCUUCACUAAAGCUGCCACUCAGAAGGAUCCAGGUACCUUCUUCUCUCGUUGUCUCAGUUUGCAAAAUAGGGAGAUAGCAAAUAGGAUGGAGGAAAUCAUUGAUAGGAUAGAGUCUAUUGUGAAGCAAAAAGACACUCUUGGUCUCAGAGAAAUUCCUAAGGAGAACAUGUCAUGGAGGGUUACAACAUCUCUAGUUGAUAGAUCUAAUGUAUAUGGCAGGGAAGAUGACAAGGCGGCCAUAGUGAACAUUUUGUUGGAUGAUGAUGACACUGGUGAUGAUGAUAUAUCUGUGAUUCCUAUUGUGGGCAUGCGUGGAAUAAGAAAGACUGCUUUGGCCCAAUUGGUUUACCAUGAUGAUAGAGUGAAGGAGGAUUUUGAUUUUAGAGGUUGGGUUUGUGUGUCAGAAGGGUUUGAUGUCAUGAAGGUCACCAAGAAUAUACUUGAUGCAAUUACAAAGAGUCUUUGUAACUUGAAAAUUUUGAAUUUACUCCUACAAGGUUUACAGGAAAAGUUGUUGGGGCAAAGAUUCUUUAUCGUCUUGGAUGAUGUAUGGAACGAGGAUUAUUACGAUUUGAACAUGCUUCUAAAACCUUUUCAACUUGAGGUUAAGGGAAGUAAAAUUCUCAUAACUACUAGAAGUAAAAAGGUGGCUUCAGUGGUGCAAACUGUUUCACCUCAUGAACUAAAUUUAUUGUCUGAUGAAGAUUGUUGGUUAGUGUUUUCAAAACAUGCAAGUCUUUUCACGGACUCUGUUCAGACUUCAACUUUGGAAAAGGUCGGUAGAAAGAUUGUAAAGAAGUGUAACGGAUUGUCUUUGGCAACUCAAUCUCUUGGAGGUUUAUUGCGUGGAAAUUCUAAUGUCAAAGAUUGGAAUCAUAUAUUGAAGAGUGAGAUAUGGGAAUUCUUUGAUGACAGGAUAAAUAUUGUACCUGCAUUAAGAAUUAGUUAUUACUAUCUUCCUUCAUGUUUGAAAGAGUAUUUUGUUUAUUGUUAGUUCACUUCUUUGUAUUCCAAGGACCAUGAAUUUGACAAAGACUUGUUUGUUGGGAAGCGUGAAGAGAACAAGAUUACAGAAUUGGGAGCACUUGCAAAUCUACACAAAUCAAGGAUGUUCGAUAAGAAUGGCAUUAACUCUUUAAAGUUGAAGUGGUCAUCAGAUAAAGAUAAAAAUAUAGCUGAUUCCCAAAUUAAAAGAGAUAUACUAGACGAGUUACAACCUCACAGUAGUUUAAAAGAACUAGAAAUUGGUACAAGAUUUCCAGAUUGGUUGGGACAUUCUUCCUACCACAACAUCACCACACUAACUCUGCAAGUUCAAUGCAUUUCCUCGCCUUAGGGAGCUUAUCAUAAGGAACUGUCCCAUGUUGAGAGGAGACUUGCCUAAUCAUCUACCAUCUUUGCAAUCACUUAAGAUUAUCAAAUGCAGUAAUCUGAGUUCCUGUCUUCCAAGCGUUCCUACUAUGACUUUACACAUAGUUGGUGGUAAUGAAGUGAGAAUUGGGGAGCUACCUCCUUUACUGCGUCAACUAUCAAUUAAAGGAAAGCAUCAAGUGGAGUUUGUGGCUGAGGCCAUUGCGAACAUGCAACUGACUUGAUGAUAUCGAAUUGCAGAAAAUUACAAUUCCAAAUUGAAGGCCAACAUCACUCCCUGCGGAUACUUACAAUAAGUAAGAGCUGUGAUUUUGAUUUUCUUGCUGCAUGAAGAAUGUUGAAUCAUUCAAAGAUGCAGAGUGGUCCAAAAUCUUCAGGAGGACAAAGAGAUCGAAACAAGUAUAAUCACAAACUACCUGGUUCUUCAACAUGAUUCAUUCCACAUGUUUAGACAAAGCAAGAUGUUUAUGAGUUUUGACAAUGUUAUUACUUCAGCAGAGUUAUAUUCCAAACUUAUAUGCUGAUUAUUAUGAAAAUGGAGCAAAGUAGCUUAUAAAUACUAUGGUAGGUUCAUAUUUAUAAUACUGUCAUGUGAAAAUUCAUUAUUAGUUCAUUAUGAUUCUUGCUCUUUGGCGUUUCUUCCCUUCUUGUUUGUAUAGGGACAUUGCAUUGCAAAUAAUGGACACUCUCAUGGAGAAUAAUACUCUCAUCAUCACUGUGAUUGCUUGCUUGCUUCCUUCCUUCCAAAGAAACAAUUUAAGAAGCCUAUUUUCAAGGCAUUGAAGUUUCCAAUUGAACAAUGAUGUAAUAUAAAAUUUUUGUUGACUGAGUUAUGUAGUUGAAUGCAAUCUAUCUAUUCAUUAUGUAAAAUUGAGUUGGACAUGAACCGUAAGAAAUAAAGUCUGGUCU